AUGGAAAUAUUUGAUCUCUUUGGAGAGGAUAUAAUUACAGAACAGUAGAAUGAUAAGAAUAAAUAACUGAGAUCAGAUAAACAAUAAAUAAAGAAUGAAUUACAUAGAUAAAAGGUGGUUUAGAAGAAGAAAGAGAAGAAAAAGAAAAUUAAGCAAUAAAAAUACGAAAUCAUCUAAUCCUUAGAAACCUAAGAGCAAAAGAAUGAUUUCGUUCAUUCCUUCAAAGGCUUACGAAAUCAAAAGAAAGAGAAUGGAAUGAAAUCCCUUUAAAGUCCAUUUAGGAUUAUUAUUGAUUGUGGUUUUGAAGACAACAUGUCAGACAAAGAGCAAAGAUCACUUGCCAGAUAAUUAUCUGAGCUCUACACUGAAAACAGAAAAACAGAUGUUCCUCUAAAACUUUAUGUGACCAACAUCUAUCCAACAUUGCAUAAGUACUUAGAGCAAUAUCAUUAUAAAUAAUGGCAAUUGGUUUCAGAUGAGAAGCUAUUUACAGACAUAGACGAAUUUUAAUAAGCAAAUAUUGUUUAUUUAAGUCCUGAUGGCGAAGAAGAAUUGCAGGAGAUCAAGGAAGACGAAGUGUAUGUGAUAGGAGGACUAGUUGAUAGGUAUUUUGUAAGAUGAAAUCUUUUAGAGUUAUUAUAAAAAAUGCCACUUUAAAUAGAAGUAGGUAAUUGGGAGUAAGAAGUGCUAAAUUACCUAUUGGAUAAUUUAUAAAAAAGUCUUAUAAAAAAUGCUUAAAUGUGAGUACAGCUGCUUUGAUGAUAUCAGGAUGGUUAAAGUAUAAGGAUUGGAGCAAAGCAUUCGACAGCAUAGUGCCCCAAAAAUUCAAAGAAUAGGAACUUCAAUAGCAGUGA